CCACAAGAAAAGACAGAACAGACACAUCUGUCACUACUCACUUUAUCUCUCACAACUGCACAUACAUACAGACAGACAUAAAUCACUCAACCAACAAAAUUGCACACCAGAACUCACCACCCAACCAAAUGAUUCUCCGCCCUUACUCCUCCGCCUCCUCCUCCUCCACCCACCCCACCUCACAUUAACCCAUAAACAAACUUCAACUCACCCCCCAAGAAAACGCAUUUACUACAACUCCCACCAAUGCUGCUUCUCCUCCUCCUCUUCCUGGGCCUCCUUUCCCCCGCCGCCUUCUCAGAUCUUUCCACCGACAGGGCCGCGCUCUUGGCUCUGCGGGCCGCCGUCGGUGGCCGCACUUUGUUUUGGAACACAAACCUGACCACCCCAUGCAACUGGCAAGGUGUUCAAUGUGAGAAUAACCGCGUUACCGUUCUUCGCCUCCCCGCUUCUUCUCUCUUCGGGACUCUCCCAGCCGACACUCUCUCCAACUUGACCGCUCUCCGCACCCUCAGCCUCCGCCUCAACCACCUCUCCGGGCCCCUGCCCGGAGACCUCUCCCAACUCUCCCAACUUCGAAAUCUUUAUCUUCAGGGGAACCAGUUCACCGAGUCCGUCCCGGAUUUUCUUUUCUCUCUUCAUUCUCUCGUGCGGUUGAAUCUUGCCUCCAACAAUUUUUCAGGUGAAAUUCCAUCUGGGUUUAACAAUUUGACUCGUUUGCGUACGCUUUUCUUGGAGAACAACCAGUUUAGUGGGAGUUUGCCGGAUAUUGAGCUUCCUAAUCUUGAUCAGUUUAAUGUUUCUUUUAAUAAUUUAAAUGGGUCUGUGCCGAAAGGGCUUGCGGGAAAGCCCAAGAAUGCGUUUUUGGGAACUUUGCUUUGUGGGAAGCCCCUUGAUAGUGUUUGUGCCGACAAUGCUGGUGAAUCUCCGGCUGCGUCUCCCUCGGGAAGCGCAAAUGGGAGCGGAAAUUCGGGGAAAAGUGAGAAAAAGAAGUUGUCCGGUGGCGCAAUUGCUGGAAUUGUGAUUGGAUCUGUUGUUGGGUUGAUUUUAUUGCUGCUGCUUUUGUUUAUUUUGUGUAGGAAGAGGAGCGGAAACAAGGCCAGGUCUGUGGAUGUGGCGGCAAUCAAGAAUCAAGAAAAUGAGGCUGGCGAAAAGCCGGCUGCAGAAGCGGAGAAUGCUGGAAUGAACAACGGUUUUUCGGUGGCUGCAGCAGCAGCUGCUGCGAUGAGUGCGAAUGGGAGUACAAAGGGCGAAAAUCCAGCAAAUUCCGCUGCUGCUGCCGCCAAGAAGUUGGUAUUUUUUGGGAACGCUCCAAGGGUCUUUGACUUGGAGGAGUUGUUGAGAGCAUCGGCUGAGGUUUUGGGGAAGGGGACUUUUGGGACAGCGUAUAAGGCGGUAUUGGAAGUGGGCACUGUGGUAGCUGUGAAGAGGUUAAAGGAUGUGACGAUUUCAGAGAGGGAGUUCAAGGAGAAAAUUGAAGGGGUUGGAGCUAUGGAUAAUGAGAAUUUGGUUCCUCUGAGGGCUUACUACUACAGUAGGGAGGAGAAGCUUCUUGUCUAUGACUACAUGCCAAUGGGAAGCCUGUCUGCACUCCUACAUGGAAACAAAGGAGCUGGUAGGACACCGUUAAAUUGGGAAAUCAGGACCAGGAUUGCCCUUGGAGCUGCCCGAGGUAUCGAAUACCUGCAUUUCCAAGGUCAUAGUGUUUCCCAUGGGAACAUUAAAUCAUCAAACAUCCUGCUCACGAAGUCCUACGAUGCUCGAGUCUCGGAUUUCGGACUCAACCACCUAGUUGGACCUCCGUCCUCUCCCACAAGAGUUGCUGGCUACCGUGCACCAGAAGUGACUGAUCCCCGCAAGGUUUCCCAGAAGGCCGACGUUUACAGCUUAGGCGUGUUGCUCUUAGAGCUCCUGACAGGGAAAGCGCCCACUCAUGCCCUCUUGAACGAAGAAGGAGUAGACCUGCCGAGAUGGGUUCAGUCAGUCGUUCGAGAGGAGUGGACUUCUGAAGUUUUUGAUCUCGAGCUCCUGAGGUACCAGAACGUGGAGGACGAAAUGGUGCAACUCUUGCAACUCGGAAUCGACUGCACGGCUCAGUACCCUGACAAUCGGCCCUCGAUCUCUGAAGUGGCAAGGCGCAUCGAAGAGCUUCGUCGUUCAAGCUUGCGUGACAAUCAAGACCAGCCCGACCACGUCCGCGAAACAGAUUAGAAGGUGUAGAAGUCAUUUAAGUUGUGUGCCAUCUCUGAACUAAGGAAACACCUCCCAACAACUCAAUGCUGUCUGAAAAUUUUUAUCUUCUUAAGCCUGUUGUAUUUGUUUGUUA